GAUACGCUUGCAUCAAUACAGUGAGUGGUUUUGGAUGUGUAAUGUAUCGAUCUGAGUGUGUGAUAUUAAUGGUCAAAUAAAUGAAAAUUUUGUUGAAAAAUUAAAAAAUGCGGAUGAAAUGAUUAUUUAAUUUGUUUAUUAUUUUUGUGUGUAUUUAAAAAUCGUUAAGCUAUGAUAUAUCGUGAUUUUGUUAAGUGAGAGAGGGUGUGUUUUUGUAUAAAUCAUUAACUUGUUCACAACAUGGCUUCAGGCGACACUACCGAAAUGGUAGAAUUGGAGACACCAACUAGUUUAAAAACUCGUGAAAGAAUUAUCCAGGAAGAAAAUGAUGCGGAUGAAUCUGAAGAUAAAAACAAUUUCGUGUCAAAUGAGCCUCGACAAGUCGAUGUGUCCACUGGUGGACCAACAUCAAUGGCUGGCAAUAAAUCAUCAUUACGAAUGGGGGACAAAGAAAGAAAGAUCGGCCAUCGGCGAGUUGGUGUGGGUGGUGAAAUCACGUACAAAAAGAUUCAAACUUCGCAGAUUAUGGGAUCAAUACAAUUGGGGAUCCAACAUGCAGUCGGAGGUCUGGCAUCGAAACCUGAACGUGAUUUACUUAUGCAAGAUUUUAUGACAGUAGAAACCACCAACUUUCCAAGUGAAGGCUCAAAUCACACUCCAGCUCAUCAUUAUAGUGAAUUUCGUUUUAAAAAUUAUGCACCAAUCGCAUUUCGUUAUUUUCGUGAUUUGUUUGGUAUUCAACCUGAUGAUUUUUUAAUGUCUAUGUGCUCGGCAUCAUUACGUGAAUUGUCAAACCCAGGUGCUAGUGGUUCUAUUUUUUAUUUAACGGAUGAUGAUGAAUUUAUUAUAAAAACUGUACAACAUAAGGAAGGUGAAUUUUUACAAAAAUUGUUACCAGGAUAUUAUAUGAAUUUAAAUCAAAAUCCAAGAACGUUAUUGCCUAAAUUUUUCGGCCUCUACUGUUAUCAAUGUAAUAGUAAAAAUGUUCGACUUGUUGCUAUGAAUAAUUUAUUACCGAGUUCAAUUAAAAUGCAUAUGAAAUAUGAUCUUAAAGGCAGUACGUAUAAACGAAAAGCGAAUAAAUCAGAAAGACAAAAAUCAUCACCAACCUAUAAAGAUUUAGAUUUUAUGGAACAUCAUCCUGAAGGAUUAUUUUUAGAAGCGGAUACUUAUAGUGCAUUAGUAAAGACAAUACAAAGGGAUUGUAGAGUAUUAGAAAGUUUUAAAAUUAUGGAUUACAGUUUAUUAGUUGGUGUACAUAAUCUUGAUCAAGCGCAAAAGGAGAAACAAGAACAAAAAAGUCAAGUAUUAGAGAAUCUCGGUGAAAGUGGAGAGUGCCCAGACGAAUCAUUACCACCUUUAGACAAUGAUAGUGCACCACAUACUGUUACGUUUUUAAUGUCUGAACGGACAGCCGAAAAAACGGAUCGUUUAGCUGCUUCGUCAUUAUUAGAUAAAGUACGAGAGCGAGAGCGUGAUGAAAGAAUAGAGGCCAUGGCAAACAUGUUCCAGCAGCGGGAUAGAGAACGUAGCGGAGUGCGUGAAAAAGACAAUGCAAUAGCAUUAAAUCGUAGUAGAUCUAUAAAUCGACAACGACUUGUCGCACAUUCCACUGCCAUGGAAAGUAUACAAGCUGAAAGUGAACCAAUUGAUGAAGAGGAAGAUGUUCCACCUGGUGGUAUUCCAGCACGAAGUGCAAGAGGUGAAAGACUGUUACUAUUUGUGGGUAUCAUUGACAUCCUGCAGAGCUACCGACUUAAGAAAAAAUUAGAGCACACAUGGAAAUCUAUGAUACAUGACGGUGAUACUGUAUCAGUGCAUAGACCUGGUUUUUAUGCACAAAGAUUUCAAGCUUUCAUGGCGAAAACAGUAUUUAAGAAAAUACCAUCCCUGGAUCUGCCUGAGAUAAAGGGCAAUCAUCGCAAGUUUCGCACCCUCGUUACCAGCUACAUAGCUUUGAAACAUUCCCCAUCAAAACGUAAAUCGUUAUCACGACCAUUGCGCCAAGAAAAUGAUAUUGAUAGUGGGCAAGCAUCAUGCUCCACGCAUCAAGCUAAUGGAAGUAAAUCGGUUUCAACUACCACCCCUGUAUCAAUAACACAGCCGAUUAGUACUUCAACAACUCCACUAACAUCUCCUCCAACAGGACAUACACCCUCAUAUCCUGUCGUGUUGAAGGGCCGGCCUCCGUCCAGUGCAACAUCCCCUCCUCAUGACAGUAGUGGAAGUGGUGUAACAAAGGCCCGCGUGCCACCGCCAGUACCACCUCGAGGUUCUCCUAAAGUAAAACGCGGAAAUGGUCCUUCCAGCUCUUCAACUGCCGCCACCAGUGGUUCGAAAGACGCUGGAAAAGGCUUAGCACCAUCGCCAUCUUGUUCUACGCCUCCUCCCGCUUUUGAGGAUGUGUUACGUCAACCCGAUAGGAUAUUAUUUGUUGAACCGCGCGCCCAUUGUACUCCAAGUCCCGUGGCGACCAGUUCAGGUACACAAGAUAGCAGUGUUGCAAGCAGCAUCAGAUCUAGUGGAAGCGGUUCAGGUCGUUCAGGUAGUUCGGGUAGUAGUCGACAGAGAGUUGGCUCAAUGCAUCAUGUCAGUUCAACGAUGAUUAAAAGUAGCACAUACAGAGAAGAAACUGUCAGUGUUACGGAUAUACGACUCGAAUCUAGAUGUGAAAACAAAUCAUCAUUGAGCGUUGAAUCUGGUAGUUCUGGACGGGGUGGAACUCGCGGAGCGUGGACACCUCCACAUUCUGUUGAAGGUUCUACCCCAACCUGGACGGAAGGUACACCAUCGUUCACGGAAAGCAGCAGUAGUGGUGAUAUAGGUUGUCCAACCACCCCGAUACGAACAAGUCACGUAUCUCGUGCAGGCUCAAUGACUGGUGCUACAACUCAAGUGACUUCAUCAAAUGCUAGUACUGGUACACUAGAUCGUGAUUUAUCACCGGCAAUGAAACAAGCGGCUGAGGUGGAACACAUAGCUAUGUGUUUAGCAUCGGAGAUGACUCAUCUAUGACAAUACCAUUUUUAGUCCAAUACCGUUGCUUAUGAUCAAAAUAAUUAUCCUUUCCAACUUGUGUUCCAAAUAAUUGAAGAGAAAAAGAAAUAUUGCUAAAGCGAUGGAUAAAAUGUGUAAGUUGAGCAGCAGAAACAUCUUCUCAUCUUUGUUUAUUUAUUUUGAAUGAUAAAUAUUCCAUAAGAGUGAGAGAUACAAAUUAAGGCGGUAAAAUGCAAGGGUGGGUAUUCUCCUUGUGUAGGCGAAACAAUAACGAUAGACCACUGGUUGAAGAUAAUUGAACUACAUAUUCUGGAUACUGUAUUUGAAAAUACAUUACAACGGAUGUUUAAUGAGUUUAGGUUCAGCUAACCUAAAGAAAGAAUUCAAUUGGGAAUUUUUCAAAUUUUGGCAGUAUAAUUUCCAGUAUGGAUUUAAAUGGUGAGAUUAAUCGGUCAAAAACUAAAAUAUUAACGAUUUUACUCCUAAUCUGCUUGGAAUUUUUAAAAUCAUUAGAUUCAUUUAAUUUAUUUUCUAA